AAAUCUUUUUCCUCAUUUCCCCAACUAUAAAUACAUCAUCUAACACUUCAAAUCAAACAACAAACACCCAUUUCUCCAUAUUUGUUCAAGGUGAUUAAUUAUCUUCAUUUAAGGCUGUUGUUCUAUCUGAAAUAUGGAAGCAGUGAUAAGAGCAGGGGGUGAUAAAUAUGAGUGCCUAAUCUUUGAUAUGGAUGAUACUUUGUAUCCUUUAAGCUUGGGAAUUAACAUGGCCUGUCGCAAGAACAUAGAAGAAUACAUGGUGCAUCAUCUACAUAUGGAGGAAAGUGAAGUCCCUAGGAUGUGUUUGGAGUUGUACAAGGAAUAUGGAACAACUAUGGCUGGACUAAAGGCACUUGGAUAUGAAUUCGAUAACGACGAGUUUCAUGCUUAUGUUCAUGGUAGACUACCCUAUGAGUUGCUAAGGCCUGAUCCAGUGCUACGUCAUCUACUACUGUCUAUGCCGCAACAGAGAAUAAUUUUUACAAAUGCUGAUGAAGCACAUGCUGCUCAAGUUCUUCGGCGCUUGGGAUUGGAAGAUUGCUUCCAUGGGAUUAUAUGCUUUGAAACGCUUAACCCUCCGUCGGAGCUUGUUGAAAAUGAAGAUCCAAGUUUCAAGAAUCGUGUUCUGUGCAAGCCUUUGUUAGAAGCAUUUGAAGCUGCGAUUCGAAUUGCGGAUGUUGAUCCAAAUAAAACAAUGUUCUUUGAUGACAGUGUCCGGAACAUAGCAGUUGGGAAAGCAGCUGGACUUCACACUGUAAUUGUGGGAAGAUCAACUCCAGUCCCGGGUGCAGAUUAUGCUUUAAAUAGCAUACAUAAUAUAAGAGAAGCUUUACCUGAAAUAUGGGAAGAUGAAGGAGAGCACCUGGAGCAGCGAAUCCAAUCUUUGGCUGUAGAAACUGUUGUCCUAGCAUAGACACGUGAUGACUAUCCUGGGAAGCAUCACACUCACGUGACAUUAUCGGGAUUCCACCAGCAAUUAUAUGGUGGUGAAGUAAUACCUGUGAAUCAAUAAAAUUUUACAGUAUACAACUGUUUUAUGAA